AUAUAUUGGUAGUGAGUUGCUCAAUGGAUUUAUGGUAAUACAUUUGACUAACCAACCAAAUCUCAGAUUGAAAACUGGACCCACCCCGCAUAAUUAAAUCCACACGAGCGUGAAAGUUGUUUGAGUUGGCGUGAAUCAACAACUCAAGAAACUCCACCGUGACCACCUCAACUUAAUUGGUGAUCAAAAUAAGUUACACUGCGAAUAAUUAUGAUGAUAUAUCGUUUACUAAGAAGACUAAUGAUAUGUAGUUUAUUAACAUACUGAGGUUGGACUGCUUCCUUCUUUGAUAAAAGUGCUGAAAUAGCUCAAUAUCGUCACAAAGGAACUCUGCUGGCUGGCUAGCUAGCCAACUCGCACGAGCGAGAGAGUAAAGAAGAUACAUUUAUCACCGGCCGUUUGGGAAGAUGUCUUGCCGAGGCGGAGUCAGCCAGAACCGGGGAGCCACUUCUGGUCCACAGCCCUUGAGAGCAACAGUUCCAUUCCAGCUGCACAGCAAAGCACAGACCAGCUUGAAAAAUGGCAAGUCAGAGAAGAAGACCGAAGCGCGACAGGUGACCCCUGGGAUGCGGCGGACACACUCUCUGGACGCCAUUGUGGGCCCCUACCUGCAGGGCCACUGGCCCAAAGAGCCCGAGGGCCAGGCAAGCCUCUGCAGGAAGGACCAAUCAACCCAGACGCCUGUCUCAUGGUCAGACGAGGCUCCAAACAGGAAAGGCAGCGAAGGGCACAAACGCUCUGCAUCGUGGGUCAACGCUGAGCACCUACAGGAGAUUGCCAAACUGAAACACCAGCUGCAGCAGCACUGCCCCAAACCUGGGGCGUCUGGGGGCAACGAAAAGGUCCGCCACCACAAUUACCUUCAAGGGAGCUACUCCCCAGGCACCACACAGCCCAUCCCACCCACUCCCCUAUACAAGCUGACCUCUCGUCUGCGCCGCAGCGUGGAGGGCCUCAACCAGGAGCUGGAGGGCAUGUUUGUGUGCCAGCCGCCCCACCACCAGUGCUGGAUUCUGGAGGUUCCUGACGGCCACAGGGCUCCAGUUCCACCCCAGAGCUGUAGCAGUGGCUCCCAGAGCGACCCCUCCACCACGCCCCUCUCCCCCACACCCUGCUCUUUCUCCCCCUCCAUGUCCCCCUCUUCUGUAGAAGACCUACCCGUGAAUCAGGACCCAGGUGUGGCGGAGGGUGUGGAGCUGUGUCUCCUGUCUCCCCUGUCCUCCCAGGGUGGGUGGGAGCCGUCCCCCUUGCUGCUCUCCUCCUCGCCACGGCCCAACAAGAGCUACUGCUUCCAGAGGGAGCCCCCCGAGGGCUGCGAGAAGGUCCGCGUGUGUGAGGAGACCAGCAUUCCACACCUAGCCCAGUCCUCGCCCCUCCUCUCCUCCUGCCCCGACCCCAACAAGGUGAACUUCACCCCCCACGGCAGCUCAGCAUUCUUCCCCGUCAGCCUGCUCAAGCCCCUGCUCCCAUCCAUGGACCUGCUGUUCUGUAGCCUGGCCGUGUCCCCAGUCACGGGCUGCUCUGGCCAGGGCGCAGCCCCCUCGCCUGGGUACCUGGGGCCUCACUCCGACUCGGUCACCACUGCCAUGUAAAAGGGGCUCCAUUUAAAGGGGGAAAUGUCAAGGCAGCGGUAUGCUUUGAAAACUACAUUACAUAUCAUGAGGACGUCUUUGUUACUCCCCCUAUUCUUGUCGAUUGUGGCCCCCCUAAAUUAAACGCAAUAGCAUUUCAAAGUGCUUGAGAAGACAGCCUUUUUACCAACCAUGCUCCAAUUUAGUAAGAGUUCACAAACUGGUUACUGUUGACCAAAAAUGUCAGGGAAUCUUUUUUGGACAGUAGUGGCUUCCUUUCCCAUUUCUCUUGACUUCAUCAUAGCUUUUUUCCCCAUUUUAGUUCAGAUUUCCCUCUUGAAAGUGUCAUUGGCUGUGCACUGACUAUUUUUUUCCUCGUAUCCGUAUUGAAGAGACAUGACACACCAGCUGACUUUUGGCCUUUAACCUUGGGUACCAACCACAGUGGCUGCCCCAUUGAAAGUGGUCUGAAAUGUAUUAACUUGUGGACCAAUAGCCACUGAGAGGCAAGCAUACUUUUAUAAAAGGAUCAAUUUAUUUGGUCAUUUCUGUUAGAAAAAAUCAAGAAAAUGUAAAAAAUUAUAAGAAGAAGAAAUAGAAAAUAUAUAAGGUCGGAUGUUAUUUGCUUGAAUCAGUCCCCAAGAGGACAUUUGCUUUUUAGAACAGAUCAGUCCAUAAGGGUGUCGAAUCGCAACAUAAUUUGAUUUUCUGUGUUAGGAUGGUACAUAUAGCACUGCGAGUCAUUGGAUUGUCAAUGACUUAUAGUCAUUUUUGCAACAAUGUUGGUCUUCUGUAUUAAUGUCCAGUAGUCACUAUCUUAUGAUGCUCAAAAGACACUGCAUUGCUUCAGCAUUUGGCAUGAUGGUGUAGGGUAGUCUAGUCAUUUGACCAAACUACUAACCAUAUUUUAUUCUCUGGAAGAGGAAUGUUUCCUAUGAUUUUUCUAGGGGAUGAUGCUUCACCCCUCACUUUACACACAUUGAACUCUCGUUUUGGAUUUUAAGAGCCUGUUGGCCCACUUCUCUUUUAAUGGUGAUUCAGGUUUUCCCUCUCUUUGUAUGAAAGGUGUCUUGGGAAAGCUGUACUCUUUGGAACUUUAAUGUUCUGCUCUGGAUUAGUUUGUGCAUUGUAGAAAAAGGCUGCUGUCAAAUACCAAUUAAUUAUUUAAGUUAUUAGAAAAGGAGGCAAAAAAUGCUCUUCGCCAAAAUCUGGUUGCUUUUAGUAUUUAAAGAUAUUUAUAUAGAAUUUUCAAUUGAAAUAAACUUUUUUUUAACCUUAAAGUAACAUCCAUGACACACAUGCAGAGGUUUUUUUUCCUUAGCGUUCUCAAACAAAGCAUGACAAAUCAGUUUGCCACAUUUGUGUUAAGUGGAACAUAGUGCUACAUGAAUUAGCUUUUUCUUUCUUUCUUGCAUGCUUUUAAAUUAUUUUUUUAAUAGCCUAGUUUAAAUCGGUAAUAAGAUGAUCAUCUUAGUGACUCGUUUUCCUUUUUGCCCUGCUUUUCCUCAUGAUGGUGAAAGAAGACAUUUAUAGAAGUUUGGUGCUAUUUCUGUUCAUGUUGUUUAGUGACUCUUUUAUUUUGUUUCAAAUAAGGCAAUUUAUACAUGUUAAUCAGAGCAUAGCUCUUCUAGUUGUGUGUGUAUAUAUGUUUAUAGCUCUGUGAGGAGUCUCACGACACUGUUGACUACCAAACCAGAUGUCGUGGUCUAGAGUCAUCUGAUCUCAUUGGUAAAUGUUGAUAAUUUUCUUGGAUGUUUUUCCUCUACCAAGGUUACAAUAUGAAGGUAAUUGAGAAUCUUUGCACAAAGUCGACAGCUAUUUUUCCAGUUGCAAUUUCUAUUUUUCUUGUUUAUAUUUUGUACUUUAGAAUAACAUUGUUUUGGUGUAUGAAUGUAUUUUGGUAUAUUUUUCAGUUAUCUGCAACAUAAGCUAAAC